AAAUGGAUAUCUGAAUUCGGGGGAAAACUUGACAAAGACAUUAUUAUUAGGGUGAAUAAGGAACUAGCGGAAAUAGAUAAGGAACUAGCGGAAACAGAUAAGGAAGUAGGGAAAACAUAUCUUGUAGCAUUAUUCUGGGAUGAAGAUUAAAUUCAUCAACAACGAGGGUAUGUUGCAGGGUGCUUUAGAGAAAUAGAAUUCAAAUAAGAUUCUAGGCUAUAUUUCCAAAAAGACUUACUGGAUACGACCGGUAAAGGAAAAAAUGGAAGUAUAGCUGACUCAAUCCGAUUAAUUUUUGAACUUGAACAUAUUUUUUAGGAGUAACAAUUUGAAGUUCAAAAUGUAAGGAAACCCUAUUUUCUUCCAAUAUAUAAAUUCGGAAUUCAAUUGAAUUUCUAAGGAGUUAAAAAUAUGAAAGUGGCGGCCUCUGUUCGUAAAAUUUGUGAAAAAUGUCGAUUGAUCCGUAGGCGAGGUCGACUUCUAGUAAUUUGUUCCAAUCCAAAACAUAAACAAAGACAAGGAUAAUAUUCAAAGAAAAAAGGGCUUUCUAUUAAUAAGAUUUUGUAUUUGAAUAGAAUUCAAAUACAAAAUCUUAUUAAUAUUCCAUUUUCUUAAAUACUUAAUAAUUCGAAUCUAGUCUAUAGUUAUAAGUAUUCUAAUAACAUAGAAUUGCUUAUUGCUUGAUAUUUUAAAAAAGGUAUUCUAUAUGAAUCGAAUUAUCGAAUAAAUAUAGAAUAACUAGAUAGAAAAUAGUAAAGAAUCCUUUUUGAGAGGAAAUGGAUAUAUCCAUAUAUUUCGGACUUAUAUUUUUUUUCAAAUAAAAAAAAUGGCAAAAUCUAUACCAAAAAUUGGUUCACGGAAAACUGGACGUAUUGGUUCGCGUAAGCAUCCUCGUAAAAUACCAAAGGGGGUUAUUUAUAUUCAAGCUAGUUUCAACAAUACCAUUGUGACUGUUACAGAUGUACGAGGUCGGGUGAUUUCUUGGUCCUCCGCCGGUUCAUGUGGAUUCAAGGGUACACGAAGGGGGACACCAUUUGCCGCUCAAACCGCAGCGGGAAAUGCUAUUCAAACAGUAGUCGAGCAAGGCAUGCAACGAGCAGAAGUAAGGAUAAAGGGUCCGGGUCUAGGAAGAGAUGCGGCAUUAAGAGCUAUUUAUAGAAGUGGGAUACUAUUAAAGGUUAUACGGGAUGUAACCCCUCUGCCACAUAAUGGAUGUCGGGCUCCUAAAAAAAGACAAAAACUAAAAGUAUCGACUCAGACACUACAGUGGAAGUGUGUUGAAUCAAGGGUAGACAGUAAGCGUCUUUAUUAUGGACGCUUUAUUCUGUCUCCACUUAUGAAAGGUCAAGCAGAUACAAUAGGCAUUACAAUGCGAAGAAUUUUGCUCGGAGAAAUAGAGGGAACAUGUAUCACACGUGCAAAAUCUGAGAAAAUACCACAUGAAUAUUCUACCAUAGUAGGUAUUCAAGAAUCAAUACAUGAAAUUUUAAUGAAUUUGAAAGAAAUUGUAUUGAGAAGUAAUCUGUAUGGAACUCGGGAGGCGUCUAUUUGUUUCAAAGGUCCUGGAUAUGUAACUGCUCAAGACAUCAUUUUACCACCUUCGGUGGAAGUCAUUGAUAAUACACAACAUAUAGCUAACCUAACAGAACCUAUUAAUUUGUGUAUUGAAUUACAAAUUGAGAGAAAGCGGGGAUAUCGUAUAAAAACACUAAACAACAUUCAAGAUGGAAGUUAUACUAUAGAUGCUGUAUUCAUGCCUGUUAGAAAUGCAAAUCAUAGUAUCCAUUCUUAUGUGAAUGGAAAUCAAAAACAAGAGAUACUAUUUCUGGAAAUAUGGACAAAUGGAAGUUUAACUCCUAAGGAAGCACUUUAUGAAGCCUCCCGGAAUUUGAUUGAUUUAUUUAUUCCUUUUUUACAUGCAGAAGAAGAAAACUUAAAUUUUGAAAACAAUCAACACAAAAUGACUUUGCCCCUUUUUACUUUUCAUGAUCAUGAUAGAUUCGUUAAGGAUAAACUAAGGAAAAAUCAAAAAGAAAUUACAUUGAAAUCCAUUUUUAUUGACCAAUUAGAAUUGCCUCCCCGGAUCUAUAAUUGUCUUAAAAAGUCCAAUAUACAUACAGUAUUGGAACUUUUGAAUAAGAGUCAAGAAGACCUUAUGAAAAUUGAACAUUUUCGAGUAGAAGAUUUAAAAUUUAUAUUAAACAUUUUACAAAUCGAAAAUCAUUUUGUAUAA